AUGAAAAGUAUUUAUGUUGAUCCAAUGAAUGAAUAUUUUUGGAGUGAUGGUAAAGCAGUUUAUUCAAAAGAUAAAACAAAAAUUAUUUAUUGUGCAUCAAAUAUUGGUGAUUCAUAUAUAAUCUUACCAACUGUUACAAUGAUCAAUGAAGGAUGUUUUGUCAAUUCUCAGUUAAAAAGUAUAACUAUACCAAAAACAGUGACUGAAAUCCUUUCUUAUGCAUUUUCUUAUUCAAAGAUAAGUACAAUUGAAUUGCCCCCAAAUAUUACCACAAUUUAUUAUGAGUGUUUUAGUGGAUCAUCAUUAACUUCGGUUUCCAUUCCUAACAAAGUAACAUCAAUACAAGAAGGAGCAUUUAGUGGUUGCAAUUUAUUAACUUAUUUAUAUAUUCCAGAAUCAGUAACAACACUGGGAGGUGGAUGUCUUCCUUCAAGCAAAACUAUAGUGAUUAAUGUCUCUGAAAAAUCGACAAUUAACAUUGAUAAACAACAUUUAGUUCUUUCAAAAGAUAACACAUCAUUAAUACAAUGCUUGAGUGAAGAACCAAACAUCAUUAUUCCACAUAAAGUCAAAAAUAUCUUAUCAAACGCUUUCUCUUCAAGUAAAACUUUAGAAACAGUAUCAUUUGAUGGAGAAUCUGAACUUGAGAUAAUAAAUCAUUUCGCAUUUAGUAAUUGCAUAAAACUAAAUCGCUUUGACUUUGGACCCAAAAUAAAAACUAUUGGUAUUGAUGCAUUUAUCAAUUGCCCUCUUCCGAUGUCAAUAAGUUUUCCUGCAUCAUUAAUUAACAUACAAACUAGAGCUUUUGCGAACAGUAAGUUAACUUCGAUUAGUUUUUAUUCUGAUUCUAAUUUGGCUAUUGGAGACAGUGCAUUUGCAAAUUGUGCUUUUGUUCAGAGUAUUUUAUUUAUAUGCAAAGGGACAAUAUCACUAGGAUUCAGUUGUUUUAGUGGAUUAAUAAAACUUAAAUCAAUAGAAAUAUCGAGAAGUAUCAUAUAUGCAGGAGCUAGUUGUUUCUUAGGAUGUUCAAUUGAUAGAGUUUCAUUUGAACAAAAUCAAAUUUCAUUUUCAUCUAUUCCUUCAUCUAUGUUCAAAGACUGUGUUUCAUUGACAUCAUUCACAAUUCCAACUAAUUGUAUUUCACUUGAAGCAGAAUGUCUUAGUAACACAGGAAUAUCUCGAAUUGAUAUUCCAGACAACGUUGAAAUUCUAGGACCACAAUGUUUCAAAGAUUGUUUUAAUCUUGAGACAGUUAAUAUUCAAUCUAGUAGUCACCUUUCACGAAUUGAUAUUGGUGUUUUUGAAGGAUGUAGUAUGUUUAGUAAUGUUAGCUCAUUUGAUUCUGAACAUUUUAUGAGUGAGAGUGGCGCAAUCUACAGCCAUGACAAACUUCAUAUGUAUGUUUAUCCACCAGCAUCAAAAAGAAUAUACUUCAGUCUUCUUGAAGGCGUUGAAAACAUUGAGAAUGGUGCAUUUCUUGGCUGCAUAAAUGUUGAAGUUAUCACAAUCCCAGAUGGAAACAUCAAAUCUAUUGGAGAUAAUGCAUUCCGAGGAUGCACCAAUCUUCGACAGAUCACACUUCCAUCAUCUAUAAAAAGUAUUGGUGUUAAUGCAUUCGCAAACUGUCCUCUUCUUCAAUGUGGCAUCGUCAUACAGAAUAGUACUAAACCAUUUAUUGAUCUUCUUAAACAAUCUGAACUUGAUGUUAAAUCUCAACAUUACUGUUCUGGAUUCUCAUGCAAACGUAGAUCAAUAUAUUCAAUUGAUAUUCCUAUUUCUUAUAUUGCUGUUUUUAUUCUAAUGUAA